AUGGUCAAGACCCUUCCCUUCGGCGACCAACAGGUCCCUGUCCCCGGCUUUGGCGCAAUGGGCCUCAAUGCGUCCAUGGGCACGAACUUCGACCUCGAUCAGUCCGAGCCAGUCCUUCUGAAAGCAACCGAGCUCGGCUGUGUAUUCUGGGAUACAGCAGUAAGCCAAAUUCCCAAGCACAUCACGACAUCUCUAAUUCAUUUCGUGGUGCAGGUUGCCUACAAAGCCGGCGAAAACGAAAAACUACUGGGAGAAUUCAUCAAGAAGCACAACGUCCGUGACAAGCUUUUCGUGGCCUCUAAGUGCGGAUUCGACGUCUUCGGUCCCCAGCGUAUAGUAACCAACUCAGCCACCCACAUCAAGUCAUAUAUCGAAGGAACAAUCGACAGACUCGGCUUCACGCCUGAUCUGUACUAUCUUCACCGAAUCGAUCCAAGUACGUACCCUAUAAAAAAUCCAGAGACAGCAUCUAACUCCACAGACACACCACUGGAAGAAUCCAUCAGCGCCCUGGACGAACUCCGCCGCACCGGGAAAACAAAGUACAUCGGCUUGUCUGAAUGCUCUGCUGCAACAUUGCGCAAGGCACAUGCGAUUGCGAAGAUCGAUGCCGUGCAGGCUGAGUACUCUGCUUUUGAGACAUUGCAUGAGAGGAGUGGGUUGAUUGAAACGGCUAAGGAGUUGGGUGUGGCUUUUGUGGCUUUUAGUCCGCUCGGUCAUGGAUGGCUUGUCGAUGAUUUCCAGUACAAGAGUCCUGAUGAAUUUGCGGUUGAUGAUUUCAGACGAACUGUUCCGAAAUUCCAAGGCGAGAACUUUUACAAGAACAAGGCUAUUGUGGAUGAGAUUAAGAAACUAGCCACCAAGAAGGAUUGCUCGGUUGCUCAGAUUGCUUUGGCCUGGGUUGCUGCGCAGGGAUUGAUUACUAUUCCUGGGACGACUAGGGCUUCGCGGUUGGAGGAGAAUUGGGCAUCGCGGGAUAUUGAACUCUCAGAGGAAGAGCUUGUGGAGAUGAGGAAGAUUGUUGAUGCUGCGAAGCCAGUUGGAGAGAGAUUUGCUCCUAUUUUUGAGUCGAUGGUUGGUCAUUAG